AGCCUUCCACUUUCAGACAUUCGCAACACAAUCCAUAGAACGACGCGGGAGAGCGAGCGAGAGAGCAAGAGCAAGAGAGGAGCGAUCGAGAGGAGAAGACGAAAGAGUCAGGGGAGCGAAGGACCGAUGGCCGACCCCAGGUAUUGGGAUUGGAUGGCCGUCGGAUGCUGCACUGUGAUCGUCGUCACCUCUGGCUCCAUCGUCUUAGGUGCCGUCGUCGCGUGCCUCGUCUUCAUUUUUAAGUGCAUCAGGAAAUGGUGGCAAUCGCCACGGAUUCUCCUCUUCAGGUUCGGCGGCGUCACCACCCUGAGGCGGAACCUGAGCUACGGCUACCGCUGCCACCUGUGCCAUGACCACAUGGUGGCCGGCGAGAAGGUCCGCACGCUCUCCUGCGACCACGUGUUCCACUGCGGCGGCGGCAGCUUCAAGUGCGAGGGCAUCGACAAAAGGCUUCUCACUGUACCGAUGGAGCCCUGCCCGACCUGUGACCAGGUUCCCCAUCCCGUGCCGUGGUUCCGGAAACCGCCACCGUCGCCACCAUCUAUACCUUCACAGGGAGCAUCGGCGGCACUGGAACGCGAUUUCGAGCAGGCGCGGCGAGCUGUUUCUGACGCACAACGAAAAACUACCUGAAGCGUCAACAUCAGUAUCGGCGCCACCGCUAGCGCAGUCGCCGGCUCGCCGCUUCCGGUGGACAACGAGAUACUACCGUAGGCGCCUUCAUCGCAGUUGACACGCGUGAUGAAGCUUGGAUAGGACAGUGUUAACAAUUCCUGUGGGGCGGUCUGGAACUGGAUCAGUUCUUCGAGAGGUUCUUCAAAGAUACUUUCGUCAUUUCUUUUUCUGCAUCCUUAUCGAAGGUAUAGUGCCUCGAACUGAUCGACCUUAGCUGCGUUCUUGUUCUUUUGUUCAGACUUUAGAGUUGAGUUCACCUUAACGAACCAAAUGUCUCUGAAUGCCAAGAAACGAUGAUUUGUUAGUUCUUGCAUCAGCUAUAAUGUUCCGACAGAAGCUAAUAGAUCCUUGGUUUUCAUCUUAUACUCUGUUCAAUUCUUUAGAACCUUGAUGUGAGAAUGGUUUCAGUAUGAACGGUUGGCAACAUGGUUUGCUUA